GCCGUCGCCACUCGCGCUAGCGACGAACUCAUAUCCCCCCGGGCGUGCCCAAUGUGAGCGUCGACCGUCUACGACAAUUCAUCAACAUGCUUAUCUUCUCAUUCGUCCACGUUGCGAGCCUGGCUGUCGGGUCGUCAUUCGCAGCCAAGACCAGCAAUGUGAUCGAAUCAAAGUAACCACCGACCGGUGAACCGUAUACAUCUUUAGCAUGCAGACUGCGCAAUACCAAUGAGAAAGCAGGUUAUCUGGUCGCACAAAAUCUGACAUGCAUACAUCAUACCCUAUUGGCCAACGAGAAUGCCUACCGCGGAGAGGAGAUAAGGUCGAAGCAGGGUUUGUCUGCAUUCAAAUAGUCGGAAAGGAUGGAUGUGAUCCCACCUUAUAGCUCAAACUAUUGAACUCUAGCACAAUGAGCAGGGGCGACGUCAUGGAACCUCCUACCGGCCUUUUUAAGCGACUGAACGUUGACGGGGCGACAAGAAACAGUACUCCGGACGAUGCUGUGCGGCCAAGCAUGACGGAUGAUGAGCGAGGAGACUUGGAAAUCAGUACAUGGCAGGCAUGCAAGGAAGGACGCUACGCCGAUGCCAAGUCGAAUUUGGCCAAAUUGGAGCCUCAACAUGUCUCGCAUUUCGUCAAUUAUAGGGACAAAGACGACAAUACCGCGCUGAUAGUUGCUUCCGCGGCGGCUCAUAAAGAUGUGGCAUGUGCAACAAUUAUUCCUCUCCUGUUGGAAGGGGGUGCCGAUAUCAACGCUAAGAAUAAGAAAGGUCGGACUGCGAUGAUGGAAGCAGCACUAUGGGGAGGAUUUGCAGCAGUGAAAGCUCUCCUGAAUUGGAAACGAGGCAGUCUCGCGGACGCAAAUUUGAAAGACAAAUCGGGAUUUAAAGCCGUUGACUUGGCUAAGACGAAUAAGAAACUCGCGAUCGAGAGAAGAGGAAGAUGUGCUGAUGGUGAACAUGUACAGAAACAUUUCGAUGAGAAAUUGCGGAUCAGCAUCGUGAAGCUAUUGAAACAUGUCGGCAAUAGCGAAAGUGUGCUCCAAUCUACUCAGCACGUGGGCAUGCCGAAGCCUGUUGAGGGUGGCAAGGAAGAGAUUAAUGCAAAGAUGUUGAAGAAAACCCAAGCAAAGCUGAAGGUUAUGGAAAGAUUGGCUGGAAGUCGCCUGAAUGAGCUGGAAUGGAUGAAAAGAGAGCUGAAAAAGAAGGAAGAGCUGCUCGCAGAAGAGCAUUCGAAGUUUAUGAAGGCUCAGGCCGACAUGAACGAUGUCUACGCAAAGUUUGGAUCACUGAAUCGGAGCAACGCCGACACAACUGAUCAAAACCCCCAAUUCAGGGAAACGAGGAUGCUUUUCGGCCCCUCUUGGAUCAAAUUCGACUUCAUGAUGACCUUUGAUGUCACGCCUAAGCAUGCGGACGCAACGAUGGCGUACAUGAAGAUAAACGAAAGACAUUUCGCCAAAAACGGGAAAGCUCAUGACACCCAAGAUGGCUACAUCUCAGGAAGGGAGUACUCGGAAGAAGCUUUUCAAUUACUCGAACUUUUAGGAUCUCGUCGCGAUUCAACAUAUUUCCAGCACGUUGAGCCACAGCUCAUGGCCCUAUACGUUGAAGAUUUUCGAAACGGCGAGGGUUUUACAUUGGUCCAGUUCAUAGAGCAUCAGCCUACAGAGUCACUUUAUGGGCAUGGCAAUCCGCUGGUAGUGGAGAUAUUUGUCAGUGCACGGCCUUGCCCGACAUGCGUGGAGCAUAAGGACAUGAUAAACGAAGCUGCAAGGAGGCAUAAUUUCGAAUUUGUGCUUACGUAUGCUACAUGUUAGCAAUGGAACUGGGGGUUCACAGCUAUUGUUAGUAUAUAGACAUGGUAUGAUUCGAAACGCCUUGAUGCUGGGAAAGCCGUCACUACGUGUUUGUAUCGUGUUAUCAGGCUUCACGCAUCCGUCGGUAGCGUUUUAUACGGAAUUUCAAUUCUGUCUGUUCACUGCUGUAGCGCAAUUGAAAUACUACCUUGAAAUUGUUUUCACUUCUUUGCGAUUCUAAAGAGAUCGUGCAGGCAGUAUUCUUGAAAGAACUAUAGGUUACGAGC